UUCCACCCGGGAAUAGUUAUUUAUUUUUAAUCGAAGCGCUUUACCGGUACCGUUUGUAAUCAUGCAUUGGUUUACGGUGUUGACGGUGAUCUGUUUUUCGUGCCUCGUAGCGGUCAGUGCCCGGCCCAAUGGUUUGUACGGAUCGGAGGAAUAUCUGGAUGAUGGAGAAGAGGAUUUGAAUGUCAGUGUGCAGGCCAAACGCGGAGGCUGGAAUUCCUGGGGAUGGGGACCGGGAGCGGCCGGGAAACGGUCGGGUCCGAUUCGGAGAUAUCCCACCAGCGGCCUGCAGUUGAAUAAUCUGGCGGCCACGGAUCCCUGCACGGCCUGGAAGUAUCUAGCGCUGAAUCCCGAUGCGUUUGUCAGGCGAACGGAACUGAUUGCUCUGGCGCAAUGUCUACAGUGGAAAGUGUAGAAACCAACGGAAGCGGAAUCAGCACGAAAGGUCACCAGUAUGCGCGGCGUAUAUCAAUCCAGUUCUCUCGUUUUCUGUCUCGGCUAACACACAUCUUCCGGUGUCAACGAUCUUCCGUGUGCUGCCGUUUACUUCCUGUUCACGACGAAAGAUUUAAAAGCGUUGCUAUAAAGAGCACAAUCAACGCAAUUCCUUCUGACUUAAUAUAACUUAAUCCAGAUACGUAUUUACGAUUACAGAUACAACAUACCUCUAGAGACUCAAAUAAUUAACUAAAGCCGUGGAAAGCAUCUGCUGUUUGCUGCAAGUUUACAAUGUGCAUUGUACAGAUACAUACAAACGCUUACACCUGUUGCUUAUUAUGCAUGCUUCUACUUGUAUACGUUCUGUACAAUUCAAUCGGUGAAGUAUUCAAUAA